UCGAUGCAAUCUGGACUAAAUAUGCAAAGCAUCACCAUUGAUAUGUUCCAAGUUACAAGAAUUUUUUGAUAGAGAUUCCUACCAUCCUAGUACGAAUUGUAAGGCGAAAGAUCUCAAUGAGACUCACUUGCCUAUGCAGGAGAUGAGUCCUACCCGCUCGAACAGACAAACCCCAUCAAGAAGAGCCUCUCACACUACCAAUCUAAUUAUAAAAGACAAACAAUUGUAAGAAAUUUUCAAUGAGCAGAGAGCACAAAAAGCUUAGACUAUUAUGAACCUUGAUGCAGCAAGUAGGAUGUUCCUCUGCAGCGAGUAGAUGUGAUAAUUCCCCUACCAAUGCUUCGGGCCCACACCGAGAUUCUAGACCACUAUCAAUAUCAUAUGUCUCUCAAAAGUCUAAAAACUCUUCCUUCAGUUCACACUCACUCUAAGAAAAAGAGAUCACUUUAUUAGAAAUAAGUGAAUGCUGGCAAGAAUCUUGACUCACGCAAUAAUAUGACAAGUAGAAGGAACAGCAGCACCAAGCAAAAAUUCAGUGAUGAACAAAUCAAGGCGCUGGAAAUUAUGUUCGAGGCAGAGUCAAGGCCAGAGUCUGUGAGAAAACUGCAGCUAGCUAAUCAGCUUGGCCUGCGGCCUCACCAGGUUGCAAUAUGGUUCCAGAAUCGGAGAGCCAGAUUGAAGACUAAGCAGAUUGAGCGAGAUUACCGCAUAUUGAAAGCAAAUUAUGACACUCUAGCUUCCAGCUUCGAGUCACUACAAAGAGAGCAUCAGUCAUUGCUCCUGCAGUCCCAGAAACUGAAAAGCCUGCUGGGUAAGUCUCACGGGAGAGAAAAGGGGAACAGCAGAGAAGGCAAAUCGGUGAAGAGAGAACCUGUGUUUGAAUCAAAUGAAACAGCCGGAGCUCUAUCAGAAAGUGACCAUCACCAAACCAACAUGCUGAUGAGUGAUGCUGCAGAAGAAACUGGCAUUCUGAACAUAGAAGAACCAGCAGAUGGUUCCCCACCAUCAUUAGGAGAUUGGUGCAGUAGUUUUCUUGAUUUGUCUAGUGGUGUUUGAAGGAAAAUAAAGCAUUUCUUGAAGUUUUGAGCUUAAAGGACCAAAUUUGGGAAAAGUUAGAGUUCAGAUCGAGCGCACCACACCUAGGCUUGAGCACAUCAAAGGAACGAUCGAGUGCAAGCUGCGAUCGAGCGCAUACAGGCGACCCAGAUACGGAAAGACUUAUUUUCUACUUAAAAUUAGGUUUUCCCAACCCUAAUUGGACUAGGGCUUUGUUCUUCGAUUUUAUUAGGUUUCCUAGGGUUUCUAGGUCUUUCUAAAACCUAUAAAUAGACUUCUAAGCCUUUGAGAAAAUAGACAAUUCCAGAGAGAAAAAUUUGGAGGCUACUUCAAGAAGCAUUUUCCAGUUUUUUCUUUCCCUUUUAUUUUAGUUUUAAUUUCAUUAUGUGUAACUAAACUCUUUGUUAGGACUAGAUUGAAGCCCUAAUCAUGUCUUGUUAAUUUAAUAUUAGUGCCGUUGUUUCAAUUAUUGUGGU